UAUCCUUCACAAUUGUAUUCCGCUUGUGCUCAAGAGCAGUAGAGGUUUCAUUCGAUCCUGGCCGCUAUAGCUGAAGAGCUCGAAAUAACAGGGGCCUGGAAAUGAUCUCACUGGACUUCAAUUUUAAUGUUUUGACAAGAGACCUGUCACUUUAUCUGGAAAAUCAAGUGAAAGUUGGGCUUUUUGGAUCUGGAUCACUGUCAUUGGUGCUCGGCUUCUGCGCAGCGUAUGCCUACUAUUAUUUGAUCUCUGUCGCGAAGAAGCCCCAACUGAUAUCUGGUGGUAAGAAGUUCUACCAGUUUCUGCGGGACCAAUGUCCCGUGGUGUCGGAGACCUACUAUCCGACCUUCUGGUGUUGGGAGAGCCGGAUCCAAACGCUGCUCAGACCUUUCGUCACAGCUAAACCUGGAGUAAGCUACAGAAAUGAGCUCAUUAGAGCUGCAGACGGAGGGCAGAUCUCUCUGGAUUGGUUUGAUAACGAUGACAGCACCUCCCACCCCAACGUAGCCACGCGGCCCACUGUCCUGCUUCUCCCAGGCCUGACUGGUACAAGCAGAGAGUCCUACAUCCUCCACAUGGUCCAACAGAGCAGGGAGUUGGGAUACAGAUGUGUGGUUUUCAACAAUAGAGGGGUGUCUGGUGAAACUCUUUUGACUCCUAGAACAUACUGCGCAGCCAACACAGAGGACCUAGAGGCUGUCAUCGAACACGUCAGGAGGACCAAUGAGGACGCCCCUCUUAUGGCCGCUGGAGUUUCCAUGGGCGGGAUGAUGCUGGCCAACUACCUCGGGAGGAAGGGCCGUGCGACGUGUCUGAAGGGGGUGGUGGUGUUCUCGGCAGGCUGGGAUGUGUUUGAGUGCACAGCGUCUCUGGAGAAACCUCUGGACCGUUUCCUCUUUAACUCUUACCUCACCAGCUGUCUGCAGGCGGGUGUCGACAGACACAAAUCUGUCCUUGAGAAGAGUUACGACAUUGAUCAUGUGAUGAAGGCCAAGACCAUCCGAGAGUUUGAUGAGAGGUUCACGUCGAUUAUGUUUGGCUACCGCACCAAUGACGACUACUACCAUGAUGCCAGUCCCGUCCAUAGACUCAAAUCUGUGCAGGUGCCAAUGCUGUGCCUGAAUGCUGCAGAUGAUGUCUUCUCUCCUCGUCACGCCAUUCCAGUGGAGGCGGUGAAGCAGAACCCUAACCUAGCCCUCCUCAUCACCUGCCACGGCGGCCAUAUUGGUUUUCUGGAAGGCCUGUGGCCACGACAGAGCACCUACAUGGACCGCGUGUUCAAGCAGUUUGCCAAGGCUGUCAUAGAACAGGGCAGUGACCUCAAUGACCUUUCCAGCUAGUGGGACUAGUUUGACCCCUUAUUCUUCAUCUACUCCUAAAAUCUUCCCUUCAUUCCUUCGUUUCCUACCUCCCUCACCACAAGCAAAAAAGAUCACAUUUCUUUUGAAGGGCACAUCCUGUCCAAUUACAAUAUUUGUCUAUCCAUUCAUGUGUUCAUUCAUAUGUUAAUUAAUAUAAGAUAUGUGUAUAGCAAUUAUACAGCAUCAUAUCAUGCUUACUUGAAAAAGUGAAUGCAACUGCUCUUGUCCACAUCGAAAAUAUGAGAAUGUUCACAUUAGUUGUGCUAGCUAAAGUAGUAUGUGGCAUGAAUAACUUCAGCUGUCUCCUUCCAUCCAUCUGUGUUUUCAAACAGCAAAUCUUGUAGGAUUUUAGUCCUCAGGGAUUUUUUUUUUUUUUUACAUAUUACCUGUCUGUCUAUCUACCUGUCUGUCUGUCAAAGGUUUGUUAUGAAUGUGAAUGGAAUAUGUUAAAGAUCCUAUAGACCUAUCAGAAAUUAUAUGACCUAAUCUCUGGUGACAGAUGGCUAGCUGCUAUUGUAGUGAGAAAUUUGGUUCUGGGUUCCAAGAUGCUACCUUUACCUUACCUAACACAUCAAAGACUAUAGUAUUUAUGUUUUCUUGAAUUGUUCUGCACGCACUUUUAAUCACACAUUCUUUCUUUAUGCACAAUGAAUAGCUCUAACAGAUGACUGUAAUAUUAUUGGAAUAAUUCAUUGUUAAUAAUAAGGAAUGUGAAAUUGCACUAUAUUACUUUAAACAAACCAUGCCUCAUCUAAUUCCUUCUAGCAAAUGCACUUGAUUUCAAUAGCUUUUAAUAUGUAAGUAGGUAUACCCGAUAGGCCUAAUAAAUGAAUAUACAAAUACCAUAGAGAUAUUGUAUUCCACUUAUGUUGAGGACACAAACACAUCUUAGUUACUUUUUGACAGUAUUUUAACCUAGUUGUAGGUUAUAGGCUGAGCAUGUCAACCCUGAAACCUCAUGUUAGAAUGAAGGUGCUAGGUAAAGUGAUGUGUAUGAUGUACAGGAAAGCAGUUUGUGUUACGAUAAGAUGGGCUAGAUAGGAUGUAUUCAUAGCCUCUCUUUUGACUGAGAUGAAUGUAUCAUCAAUGAGGCUGGUUGCCAGAUUGGUUCUGGUGUAGACAAAAUGACGUUUUCCAUGUGUGAGUAGCACCAGAUCUGGCAACCAGACCGUCAAUGCGCUGGUUUAGACAAUGCGUACAAUGGUAUAAUGGCACCCUUUUCCGUUAUAGUGCACGUUCUUGUCCAGAAGGUAAUGGGCCUACUCCAAAAGCAUUGCACUAUGAAGGGAAUGGGGUUUCGUAUCAUACACAUGUAUGACUUUAUUCCUGUGGAAUUUGUAUGUUUCUUUAUUGUGCUCGGUGGCCAUUAAGUAGCAUGUGCUGCAUUAUCACGGCGUUAUCACGUCCUGAACCUUACGACUAAUAACACCACAUCGCAAUUAGUAGCACAAAGGACAUAUUCUGUUAGUCAUUAAAUUUAAUUUUAUAUUUUUAAAAAAGUGUUCUGUUUAACAUGCCCAGCAAUAAUAUUUUAAAAUAAAAUGUUGUAGUAAAAGUACUGCUACAUGCACAUGUUUCAACAUGAAGUGUAUUAUGCUGUAUUUAAUAAAUUAUUAAAUGGAUCUUACUGCAGUG